AUGACCGUCGAAGAAGAGAUAGCAUCCCUCGCGAUAAUCGACUACGAAGCCUUAGCAAACAAAGAUGGGAAAGAGAUCCAGAAGCUCGUCCAGGCGUGCAAAUCUGUGGGCAUGUUCCACCUCAACCUCGGCAAUUCUAGGAUAAAGGAUGUCUACGAAGACAUCCCAAACCUCAUCCAGGCUGGAAAUGACUUCUUCAAUCUGCCAAUCGAUUGUGAGGAAAAGAAGCAAAGUAUCCACAAUGGAAUGGAACGAGGGUAUCAUGCUGCCAAGACAUUCGAGUACUACGAGAUUGCCCGAGAUGCGUAUGUACGGGGCGAAUGGACCCUGCCCGCUAGCCUGGUGUCCCACGAAAAGCGCAUCACCCGUACCCUGCAAUCCUUGCACGGCGCCAUUCAGACGAUCUUGACCGAGCUCUGCACUGCCGUGAAUGUGGAUAUCCCCGAGCUGAGCGACGAUAAAUCCGUUCCUAGCGACACUGCCCUCAAGCUGGUGUACAAGCCUCCAGUGCAAGAGGCUGGUGCUGUGGUCCAGCCAUGGCACACCGAUUUCGGCCUCAUGACGCUAAUGUGGUAUAACGAGGUGAGCGCACAGAUACCAAUCUACGAUGCAGACGGCAGAAAAACAGAGCGCUGGCAGGCGGUCCCCGUUGUCGAGGGUGCUGUUCUCGUCAACAUUGCAGAUGAGCUGGAGGCCAAAUCUGGUGGCCAGCUGCGAUCGACUUUGCACCGUGCGGUGACUCCACCGGGACCUAAGAAGUUGAGGAACGGAAUGGUUUAUCUUCUUCGGCCAUACAAGAUUUAG